CAAAAUCUGUGAAAAAAGCUCACUUUUGUGCUUUUUUCCUUUUUUCAUAAAAAAAAACACUCACAAAUAUGUUUGUUAUUAAAAACGUCAAUUGAAAAUCUUACAAGGAACAGAUCAAGAAAAUCUAUGAUAUAUGAUUCGAUGCGUCUUCAUCUCUUCUUUCCAACAGUAAAAAUCUUCAGUGCCAACAAAAUCUCUAUCUUGCUUCUAUCAAAAGUUAUUCAAAAAAUACUCACUCGUAUUUUUUCAAAAUUAGUAUGAAUUCCACCGGCACAUAACCAGGUUUUAAAGAUAAUUUAAUAUUAUGAUAUUAGUUGAAGUACGAUCAAAUAGCAUAGAAAGACAGGAGUUUUUUUUUUCUCUAUCAGAUUAUAUAGACAAAAGUUAUUUUAAGCCUACUAUACGGUAUUAAAGUGUCACUGCCCGUACUUUUGGUAUGCCCUAAGUAAUAUCAUGCUUUAUAUUUAAAAAAUCAAGAUACAUAAAUCGUUUAUCUUUAUUUUUUAAAUAUAAAUGAUUCAUUUAUAUUUAUCCAUUAUUAUAAAUGAAUAAUAAAACUAAAUUAACACCUCUAUUCUAGAGUUUGUCUUUCUCUAUAAAAUUGAUUGUAGAUAUGUACCUUUUUAUCACUAGUAGUUUCAUAACUCAGCCUUUCAGAUGAGACGAGACAAUACCGUAGGAUAAGAAUAAAAGUAUACGUCAUUUUAGUGAAAAAUGUCUAGUAAAGGCUUAGCAUGAUUCUGAGCUGAAGCAAAUGCUAUCCAAGUCGGUCAUGAGGCAGUGUUUGAAAUUAUUGAAGAAUCUGAUCGGCUAAGGUUUUUUCACUUUCUGAUCACCUGCUAUCAAUCUUAGAAGACAUUAGUUGAAGACAAAUUGUUUCUAACCCUAUAGAAGAUUAUCGAUGCUGGGAGACAUAGUUGAAUAUAAGUCUUGAAUUUAAUAAGAAUGAAGUAUCAGUCAGUUAAGAGAAAACAGUUAUAAAUUUAUAGUGCUUUAGAACACGUGUACAACUGAAUCAAAUGAAAAUGAUUGUUAUGUAAAAGAUAAUGAUAGUGGAAAUGAUAAUGGUAAUAUAGUUACUCCAUGGAAAGUUAACAGAAUAUCUAGAUUAGGUGUUGAUUAUGAUAAAGUUAUUGCAAAAUUCGGUUCAACAAGAUUAAGUCAUGAUUUAAUAAAAAAGAUUGAAACAACAAUUCAGCAACCUGUUCAUUAUUUUAUUCGCCGUGGUAUUUUUUUCUCACAUAGAGAUCUUGAACAAAUUUUAACGGCUUAUGAACAAAACAAACCAUUUUAUCUUUAUACUGGUCGUGGUCCACCAUCUGAAGCAAUGCAUCUUGGACAUUUAGUACCAUUUAUUAUGACAAAGUUAGUAUACAUUUAGCAUACUACUCACUUCGACUGUGUUAUACAAUCUUUCUAUUUUUCUUUGUUCCGCUACAUGCUUACGAGGGAGCGUUUUUCGGUGAACUCUUCCGAUUUCGUUCGUUCAUACGUCAUUCGAUAGAGGGUUGGGAGCAGAUAAAAGCCUAAAUGGAUAUGGAUCCAUGACUCUUUCUUCAAAAGUUACAGCCAUUUUUUUGGUUUUCCCAGCGAAAACUAGCAAAAAUAGACAAAUUCAGAACUCCGCCUAGAAAGGUCGUAGCAAACUGAAAUGUUUUUUGAUGGUCACUCUAAAUAGGUCUGCUAGAUACCCUGAAAAUUUCAGCUUUGCAUCUCUCUUCCUUUAUGAGUUACGCAAAGUUUUCGGCG